AAGGCUGAGGCCAUUUGAUUAUAGUAUAAAACUUCUUGUUAUACACAUGUUGUAUGUAUGUGAUUGUUCUGUAUCGAAGUCAACGUUCAGUCAUCGUUGAACCUGCCUGUAAUAAAGUUACCCAGUUGUGUUCCAUAAUAAAUUAAAUUAAUACAUCCAGCAGUCUCGUUAUUUAAAAGAUAUAUUUAAAUACGGAAAUAAAACCGUUACAUGGUGUCAGGUGUUGUGAUUUUUCCGAUAAUUAUUCAAGGAUUAUAUAAAUAUGGAAGGAUUCAGAAUCCCACCUGCUAUGGAAUUUUCGGGAAACAUGGGACAAAAUUGGGCCACAUGGAUUCAAAAAUUCGAAUUAUAUAUGUUAGCUGCCGUGGAUACGAAUGCUUCUGAAGAAAAAAAGGUGGCAAUAUUCCUGAAUUUAAUCGGAGAUGCAGGUUUGGAAAUUUUUAAUACCUUGAAGUUAAAAAUUUCUUCUACAAAACUGGAGGAUGUAAAGGCGGCAUUCAAGAAGUAUUGCGAACCAAAGAAGAAUGUGGUGUUCGACCGUUUUAAAUUUUUGAGCUGCACUCAGAAGGAUGGCCAGUCGAUAACGAGUUUCAUUACGGAAAUAAAAACUCUGGUGAAAAACUGCGAGUACACCAAUGAAGAUGAGAUGGUCAGGGACAAGAUCAUAAUGGGAAUGAAGGACGAUAACCUGCGAGAGAAGCUGCUGCAGAAUGAGAGCUUGUCACUGAAGAAAACUGAGGAAAUUUGCAACAUCAUGGAGAUUAGCCGGCAGCAAGCAAGUGUGAUCACUGGUAAUCAGCCAAAGCCGGAUUAUGCCGUUGAUGCUGUUACUCAGAAGAGAUUAAAUAAGUUAAGUAAUAGAAAUAGUUACAAUAAAUCAUUCAUAAAAUGUCAAAGAUGUGGAUAUAAACAUGACAAUCGUAAAUGUCCUGCUUUUGGUAAAACUUGCUCAUAUUGUAAAAAACACAAUCAUUUUUCUGCAUGUUGCUUAUUAAAAAAUUCAAAUGAUAAAAAUAAAAAGAAAAAGAAACCAGAAACAUCUCCAGUGGAAACUAUUUCAUUAUGUGAAGAGGUUGACAAUUUGUUUAUUGAUACAAUACAUAUUAAUCAGUUGAAAUCCAAAUUAAGCGAUUGUUCUAAUGAAGAAAUGUUAGCUGAAAAUAUAAUGAUUAAUAAUGCAAUUGUAUGUUUUAAGUUGGAUACUGGAGCAGAGUGUAAUGUACUUCCCACGAAGGUCUACUGUACAAAAAUUUGCUCACUGGAUGGAAUUGCCCCUGCUAACGUUAACUUGAUGGCAUUUGGAAGAAAAAUGGUGCAAGUAAGAGGAUUGAUAAACCAAUAUUGGGUUUGA